AUGCUGCGUUCGACCAUAAAGGUCGUCUUCGGGUACCGCACGCCGCUGCUGAUGUUGGCGCUCUUCUUACAGGUCCGCUUCAGUAUCCCAGAACACCACCAACCGAUCCCGAAGGCUGUCGCAUACGUGUUCUUCUUCCUCACCGUGCCGAAGUCGCAGUUCUCCAACGCUCCCGUGGAGGUAUUCUACAUGAUGGAGACCAGUCGAAUGCGACACGUGCCGGGGAAAACCAGUUUCCAAGAGAAGUGGCUCAUCGACAUCGUCAACGUCAAGCUGAAGUUCUGGCGGGAGAUCAAGUUCUAGCUUGCAGCGUGCAAAUGACUCGGUCGACGGACAGUUCAUGCUUUGCCGUGACAAAUCAAUGUUUCUCGCAACGAAGUUGGGAGUAGAGCGAGACCACGAAACGAAUUUAGUAACUCCGGCAAUGACAAGGCUAUGGGCGGUAUCCUCCAUUUAUCCUUGAGCGUUCCUGAUAACCCUAUCCCAAGAUACCUUGAUCGUUGUGGGUAAAUUGGUUGUGAUUAGCUCGUCUUUGAAAUGUGCCUGUUUUCAGGCUGUCCCGGCGCACUCCGUGUGGUGAACGUUACACCUACAAUACACAACAUAUGCACGUAA